AUGUCUAAGACAAUGAACGGAGGAAAGGGCUGUCGGGCCAAAGCGCUCAUAUCAGUGGCCAAUGCGUGCGAUAAUCUGUUACUUCGGUUGGAGGCGAGCGCUCACACGUUUGUGACCACCGAUGGCCACAAACUGGAGCUCAGUUGUCACCGUUGGGACCAAUUGGACGAAGACUGUCAACAGUGGAUGAUAUCGUUGACGGAAGAGAAUAUGAAGACGUAUUACGAGUCGUCGGUUUGCGGUUGGAAUCGGUCGCAGAAGGAGAAGGAGUUACGACACCCGACGGCUCGCCAUUUGGUGGUCCGGUCUCUGGACUCGGAGGACAAGCCUUGGGUUGCGUUCACUCACUUGCGCUUCGAGUCGGGCGGCAAUGACUCGGAGUUUGCCGUCUAUUGCUAUGAACUGCAGGUCGUGUCCAGUCAUCAGCGGUCAGGUGUGGGCCGAUAUCUGAUGGCAGUGUUGCGUGACAUCGGCUCCCACUUCGGCGCCCAUAAAGUGAUGUUAACUGUAUUUAAAUGCAACGAAAACGCUAUGAAUUUCUAUACAAAAGCGUUGAAAUAUCGUAUCGACAGAUCGUCUCCGAGUCGGUGCCAAAUGCCGGACAAAGACUACGAGAUUCUCUGCAUUAAUGUCCCGAAAAGCAAACAAAACAAUUGA